AUGGCCCUAAAACUCCUUGCCGAGAAAGGAUCAGCGGUUCCCACGCACCUGGGCAGCAUCCCGGGAAGCUCCACGAAAGCUCCACGACGCAGAAUCAAGGAACUGCUUCACCGCGCCCCACUGCUCUCUUGUCACCCGUGUAUUGCAUAUUUUCGUGUCGGAAAUUGUGUUGGGGGGAAGGGGAGGAGGGGUUAUGAGAAGGUGGACGUGUACAAGACCAAGGAGAAGUGGGAUUUCAAAGUUGCUCGCCUGCUAGAAGAGAAAAACUUUCUCUUUGACACAGCCAUUGACAGGCAUUUAGCCACUCUUUUCUGUUACCAAUUUCUCAUCAUCUCCUGA